ACUCCAGAUGCUUUUAAAAAUAUUCACACAAUUACGUUAUUUGACAGAAUUUUUAUGAUUAUUACUAAACAAGGAUAUGACAAACUUUAUUUCAGUCAUAAACAAUAUUUUGAAAAGGAUGGAGUUGUAAAGCAACGUAUUAGAGGAAAGUGGUAUUGCUUAGUAACUGAUCCAGCGAUUGCAAAGGAGCUUUUAUUAAAACCAGAUGUUUAUCCUAAAAUGAGCAUUGAAACGCUUUUUCCAAAUUCUCUAUUUGCAGAACACCUUGGAACUAAUGUGGCUUUCUCAAAUGGUGAAGUUUGGAAAAGACACAGACGUGUUUGCAAUUCUGCAUUCAAAUCUUUACCAUUACAUCUUUUCGCAGAAACUGGAUUGAAAAUGAUUGAUAUUUUAGAAACAAUUGAUAAAAAGUCUGUUGAAAUUAAAAAUUUUAUGCAAAGAUAUGCUUUUGAUGUUCUUGGGAAAGUUGCUUUUGGUUUUGACUUUAAUAGUAUUGGAAAUCCAAAUAGUGAUUAUAUAACAGCAUUUGAUGAAGUUCAAAAGACAAUAUUUAACCCAUUAAGUUUGAUUUUUCCAAUUGAUCGCAUUCCAAUAAUAAGACAACAAAGACUUAAAAAAGUUAAUAAGUUAAAUAAUAUAUUUAAUGAAAUCAUUAAAGAGAAGCGUAAAGCUUUAGCUGCUGGAAAGUCUCAAGGAGAUCUUUUAGAAAACAUGUUAAAUGCCUUUGAUAAUCAAAUGCUAACAGAUUCUGAGCUAAAAGCCAUGAAACAUGUGACUGCAAUUGCUUUGGCAACUACUUUAUAUCUAUUAUCAACUUAUAAAAAUGUUCAAGAAAAAGCCCGAGAAGAAGUAUUAAGAAUACUUGGUGAUGAUUUAGUACCAUCAGCAAAUCAACAUAGAUCUUUAAAAUAUUUAAAUAUGAUUAUUCAAGAAAACCUUAGAUUAUAUCCACCAGCUCCAGCUUUGAUAUUUCGUGAAUUAACUGAAGAUAUAAAAAUUAAUGACUUUGUAAUUCCAGCUG